UUUUAACACCGAGUUGAGCUGUUCUCCUUCUUUAAAAAAGAAAAUGAUCAUGACAGGAAACGUUUUCUUUUGCAGUGUGUCUUGAACUACAGGAAAACCCCCAAAAUUCAUCUUAUACCUUUGACGAUGUUGUCCUGCUGUUUUAGAUCAUACAACUCAUCUCAUCACAAAUCUCAGUGAGACGGUCUUCAGUUUGGCAAAAUGUUCAUCAUGCCAUAUAAAAUGACUUCAGGAGGAAAUUCUCUGACAGCUGCAGUGCUGCUGAUAAUAAUGAUGAAAGUCUUCAGUGUUCUCACUCUCUCCUGUCCUUCGAAAAAGUAUCAGACAGGAAACAUAUGCUGUCCAAGGUGUCCUCCAGGAAGUCGAGUCCAGACAGAUUGCACAGAGGAUGUAACCACUUCCUGUGUGCCCUGCCAGAAUGGAACCUAUACGGAUAAGCCCAAUGGACUAAAACAAUGUAUUCAUUGUACACACUGUGAUCCAGUUUCUGGCCUGAAGCUAAAGAGGUCAUGUACAGUAACAUCAGAUGCAGUUUGUGAACCACUGGAGGGAUUCUACUGUCUUGACCAUACAGGUGUUAGCUGUGGGGCAGCGCAUGAACACAGACACUGUCAACCAGGACAAUACAUCAGCAAAACAGGAACAGCCUAUACAGACACUGAGUGCUCUGAGUGUGGAAGUGGGACAUUUUCAGAUGGAACUUUCAAGAUUUGUCUGCCACACAAACUGUGUGAAUCCCUAAACCUUCGGCUGAUAACAUCAGGAAAUGCUACAACUGAUGCUCAGUGUGAAGAACAACCUGAUAAUGUGACAGAGUCUUGGAUUAUCACUGGCUGCCUGUUACUGAUUGUAUUAAUUGUCAUACUUAUAACUUUCCUUUACGUCACAAACAAGAUUACGUGUCCGAAACUAGGUGAAAACACAAGAAUACUCCUAACCAACAUGGAGAUGUUCACUAACAAUGAUGAAAGCGAUAGAAACAGAAGGACUGAGCAAGCAAUUGUCGAUAGCAGCAUGAAACUUUAUGAAGUUUAGCAGAAGAGCAUCAUCUGCAGAUCUGCUCCAUAUUGCUACCAGGGAAGUGGAUCUUAGCUGAGGACAAACUGCUGGAACAGAAGACGAGUGCGAUGGACAAACCGGGUGCAGUUUUGGCAAUCUUCUAAAUUAAUCCUGCAUUUUCUCAAUAACUUCUUAACAAAAGACUUUUAAUUAAAAAAGAUUUUAUCAAACAUGCAGUUUUUAAAACUUUGAAUCAUUUAAAUUUGAGUUUAAGAAAAGUUUUUUUUUUCAAACAAAUUCAGUUAUGUAACUCUUGAAAUCUGUAAAAUGUCACAAUCCACACACAUCAAUGCUUCAACAGGCUCUGCAGUCCAGUCAGACCUUUGAAAAGCUCAGCAGAAAAAUCUGAAAGUUUGGUUUUAUUUUUGGGAUUUUUGUCUCAUUUAAUUUAAUCUUGUUUUAAAGGAGAGUGUUGGAUAAGUUCCUAUGUUGGCUUUCAAGGGUUUAAACCAUUUUAACUCAAACAUGGUGGAACAGCUAAGAACAUCAGACAUUUGAAACUUCACGCUUUUGUCCAAAGAUUUUUAUUGCAGAUGUCCAAUCCCAAUUCCAAAAAAGUUGGACACUGUAAAACAUAAAUUAGAAACUGAAUACUCAGAUUUGCAAAUCCCAUAAACUCACAUUUUAUUCACAACAGGACACAAAACAUGUCAAAUGCUUAAACUGCAAUAUCUUAUUAGUUCAUGAGCGCUUCUUCAUUUUGAUGGCGUAAGAUGCCUCAAAAAAAAGCUGGAGCAGGCUGGAAAACUAAGUGAUGCUGAAAUAAAACAGCUGCAGGAACAUUUUACAACAAAUUUAACUAUCAACAAGUCAAUAACAGACUGGGUAUAAAAAGAGCAUCUUAGAGAGACAGAGUUUCACCUAUCUGCAAAAAACUGCAUCUACGAAUUGUACAACUUCAGAAUAAUGUUUCUGAAUAUACACUUUGAACAUUGUAGCAUUUGAACAUCUCAUCGUCUACAGUACAUGAUAUAAAAAGAAAAUCUGGAGAAGUCUGUGUGCGCAAUGGACAAGGCCCAAAAUCAACCUAAUCUGAUCAGAUUAGACCACACCAUGUUUGGAGGUCUGCAGCAAGUUGGCGACCUCUGCGCACCUUUUCAUCAUUUUACGUUGCCUACCACUUCACUAGUCGCUGUUGUUCCCAAUCACUUCCACUUUGUUUGAAUAUAACUGGAAUAUUUAGUAGCGACUAGACUUGUUAAACAGGUGGCAGCUGAAGGGAUAUUCAUGGUAUAUGCCACAUAUAUAUCUUAUGUACAUUUACUUCCUUGAGAAAUUUGUCUGGAAAAUAAACAUA